AUGCAAAAUAUCUGGAGGUUGCGCGACGAAAUGGUGAACUCUGGGCAUGACGAGGCUUUAAGGGUGCUCUAUUUUGUGCUUUCACGGGCGGAUUUGGUGCGACGUGGAACGUUUUCUGCAUCUGAUGCCAAUACAGAUAUCUACAAGUCGUUUCAAAAGUUAGACAAGGAGGAAACCGAUUAUCUCAUCAGGAAACUACCCGCUCUCGCAGAUUUUAGCUACUACCAUGGAAACUAG